GCAUCAUCAUCCCCGGUUCCUACUGUUCAUGUUGUUCCCAUCAUUCCCACCUCCAUUGUAUCCCCUUCUCAAAAAACAACUACCCAUGCACCUGAGCUUCCUGCGAAAAAUACCUUUAAGUCAACAAAUAUCAAAGCCACUCCAAGAAAAUCGGUCAAGAAAGUGCCUGAUGCUGCUAUGCAAGAUGUUGCACCCCUACAUACUCUCCCACCCUCGAGUGAGAAGCCACCAGUGGAUAAAUUUACUAUAGAAAAGGGUGCAGGGGAUCUGGGGAAGGAGGUAGAUACAAUGGUUGUGGAGCCUGUGGUUGAGGGGGAAAGAAGUAAAGAACCUGUGCAAAAUGAGGCUUCUGAUGGUCUUUCUUAUAGUUGGACUGGGAAUGAGGAAGAUGAUGGGGGUGAAAAAGAAGAAGAAGUUGUGAACAGUCAUGAGGAACACGAUGCUCAAAAUAUAGCCAAUGAAGAAGAAGAGAGUGAGAAUAAGGGAGCGUCUGGAAAUGAGAAGGAAAGUGAUGCAGAGUAUAAGGCAGGAGAACAAACUAACGAUUCUGCAAAAGAAGAAAAUCAUAGUGAAGAAGAGGAGGUUUCUGAAAGUGGGGCCCCUUCAGAAGAAACUGGUGAAGAGACAAGGGCUCAAGAACCUGGGUCUCUGUUAACUCCUUUCACUGGAGCUGAAGAAGUUAGCAGUGAUGAAGAUGAUGUGCCACUAUCAGAGGAUGGGAAGAAAUCCAGGAAGACCCAUGUUAAAACUAUAAAGACAGCAGUCUCAACAAGGAAAUGA